GAGCAAACUUCUGCUUCUGCAGAUGCUGGCUGCACUUCUCCUUUGCACCUCUGAGAGACGGUGCAGUCACCAGGAACAAAGGGGACAUCUCAGAAAGGCAUCCCAAGGGCAGAGCGGGAGCCAGCGAGGCUCAGGGCUUGCCCAGCUUUUGCCCACAUGGCCCAGCUUUAUGAUGACCUGAGGUUUGCCAAAGUGAUGGGGGGCCGGAGCAUGGCCAGCCAGGCACUGGAGGCAGCCUUCGGCAUGAAUGAGGCAGAGAGCCCCUAUGAGAGCACGCAGCCAGCACUGGCAGGGCAGGAUGGGGACGGAGCAGAGCCCAGCCCAGGGCGCUGGUCCCGUCGGUGGUGCAUCCCUGUGGGUCUGCUGACAACUUGCCUGCUGCUGGUGGCCACUGUGGCUCUGGGGGCUUGCUACUGGCAGGUCACCCACAGCCUGCAGGACUCCUCUCGUGAGCACAUGGCCGAGCAGGGCCGCCUGUCACAGGAGCUGAGGGCCCAGGAGCAGAGCCUGGAGCAGACACAACUGGAGCUGGCGUGGGCCAGAGAAGAACUGCAGCGAGCGUGGCGUGAGGGCAACAUCAGCCAGAUGGAGCUGGACAGACUGAGCUUGGAGCUGCGUCGUGUCACGGGUGUGCUGGGCAGGACAGAGAGGGAGAUGCAGGAGGUGCAGGGGAGGCUCAACACCAGCGAGAGCACCGUGGCCCUCCUGCGCUCCUGCACAGCUAUAGAUUGCUGCCCUUCGGGCUGGCUGCUAUAUAGGGGCAAGUGCCUCUUCAUCUCCUCGGAGAAGAAGACAUGGGAAGACAGCAGAGAUGAGUGUGAGAAGACAUAUUCUCAGCUCCUGGUCACCAAAUCCUGGAGUCGUUGGACUGUGCCGACCUUCCUGAAGAAUGCAGAUGUCCCAUACUGGAUUGGAUUGCAGAAGGGCAGUUUUCCCUGGUACGACUAUGGCUGGCUGGAGGAAGAGGACCCAGAGGGCGAGGGAGGUGCAGAGGCCUGGUUCUGGGUGGAUGGCUCCCUUUACGAAAGGCCGUGGCAGUCAAAAUCGAAUGGAACCUGUGCCAUAAUAAGCCAUGGGAGCAUCAAACCCGCCCAGUGCACUGGUCCCAGUGAUCUGCACCUCUGGAUCUGUGAGAAGGCAGCAGGGCCAAGCCGCUUCCCUUUCAAGUGAUGAUGGCUGCUGCCCCCAGCACUGCUGUGAACCUGCACCCUGCACCGCCUCUGCUCCAGCCUUGCUGUGUCCCUGCCCAGGAUGUCCCUUCCAUUCCAGCCAACCCCUUCCCUCAGACAGCCCCCUGCCCCUGGGCCACCCAGGGCCUUCCCACUGAUGCGCAGCCCAUGGAUGCCUCCAGCUGGUGUGCUUUGGCUGAGUGGUAGAGGCCACUCACUCCACAGGGGACGCCACACCUGCAUGGGACACUUUGGAUCUUCCCGAGCACAACAGCUGUGGGCAGUGGGGAGCUCAGAACCGGCUGCAGAAUGGAUCAAACACUGGUACUCAGCGCUGGAGCCACGCCACAUCCCCAGCAUGGAGAGAGCUGUGGUGCUGUGGCAUGUCAGGAGUGGGAGCUGGGGACAGCACAGCCCCACCCCCACACAGUCCCCUCCCCACAGCAGGAGUUUUCUGCGUGACCCCACUGCAGCAGCAGCUUGGCCAUGGCUUUCAGACAACCCAGCACUCAACGGCCUCGGCAAAGCCUCAGCACCUAAGGAGGGAAGCUGAGCCCGAACUGGCCAGUGCCUGUGCUGACAUUUGGGGAUUUACUUUUGCGCUAAUUAGAAAGUAGAGCAACGACCUGUAGGGUCCCAUGGUGUGAUUGUGCCUUUCAAAAGCAAAAGUUAACUCAGGCACUUGUAGCAGGCUGACGCUUUGCAAGACAACUCAUCAGGACUUAAAAUAGCUGCUACACAAGUGCACAUGUGAAGAUUAAGCAAAGCAGCCCUGAUGUAACAUGCAGCCAGGUGAGAGCAGAGGAAGUGAUGUUCAACCAGGCGAAAAUGCUCUCAGUUUCUGAUAAGGUUGUGUGUGCCAUAUAUAGUUGAUGAACUGCUGUGUGAGUAAGCUUGCAUGAAGAGAAAAAGAGUGUUAGAGGCAGGCAUUUUAGAGGGGGCAUGUGUCACUCGUCUGUCUUGUCUGCUGGCUAAACUCACUUUAUAGCAAUAAAGAGUCCCGGUUUGUC